GCGCCUGUUUGCCGUGUUUUUGCCUUGUUGAGAUUCAGAAGAAUCAGAAGAAACACAACUUCGCUGAACCACUAGACUGAGGAGCACAAAAUGGCAGCUGGAGGCACAGAAAAAGAUUUUAAACUGGUCAAGCAUCAUGAUAUUGAGGAGUUUUCUCCUGGCCAGGAUGUCACUCUGCGCUGUUACCUCUCUCCUGCAACCAGUGCUGUUGCCAUGGAGAUCAGGUGGUUCAAGAAAACAGAGUGUAUUUACCUAUAUAAGAAUGGUGACAUAACAGUACGGGAGGGUUAUGAGGGCAGAGUGAGUGUGGACACUCAGAACCUGCAGAGAGGAGACGUGUCCCUGAGACUGAAAGAGGGCAGAAGAAUGGAUGAAGAAGUGUACACAUGCCAGGUCAUCAAUGGAGGAAGAGAAGAAGGAAGAGUCGGGCUGUGGGUUAGAGAUCGCCGAUUACUUCGGCAAAUAGGCCUGGAAUUUGUUGUACCUGAGAUACAUGCUGAAGAGAGGAGGAAAAUGGAGGAAUCUGUCCAGUCUCUGGUUUCCCCUGCUUUGCAGACUGAGUUCAUGGAGGAAUCCACACAACCAGGGAAGAGGGACAAGGAGGCAAAGGAGAUGCAGAUUAAAGAUGGAGAGAUGAAGAAGCUAGAGGAUGAGAUGGUAAAGACAACACAGGAACUGGAGGGGAUGAAGGAAAAGAUGGAGAAGAUGACAGAACAAUUAGAGCAGAAGAGAAGAAAAAGCAUUACCAGUCCUCCAUCCUUGGCAGAGAACUGUCCUGAUCCAGAACCUCUACAGUCUUCUGCUGGGUCUGAGUUGAGACUGGUGCUGAUCGGGGGGAGUGCAGCUGGGCAGAAGGCAGCAGCAAACACCAUCCUGGGUACACACACAUCCACAGAGACCCAGCACAGUGAGUGCAGACGGGGGAAGGUGGCUGGGAGAUGGGUGACCUUGGUGGAAACUGCAGACUGGUUCUGCAGUGGACUCUCUGAGAAGGACAUGAGACAGGAUGUGAAGCUUUGUGUUCAACUGUCUGCUCCGGGACCUCAUGCUUUCCUCCUGGUGAUUCCAGAGGAGCUGUCUGAAAGGGCAGCGAGAGAAAUGCUAGAGAAAAUGGAGGAUAUUUUUGGGGAGGGCUGUUGGAGACACACACUGCUCCUCUUCACCAAUACUAAGGGGUUGAGAGAGAGGGGUAUGGAGGAGUUGCUCCAGAAAGGGAGCCGGGAGCUUCAGCAGCUGGUAGAGAAAUGUGGGAACAGUCUGUGUGAAGCUCAAGCCUCUGUGAAAGAGAACUAUUUGUGA